AAAAUAAAUAUGUAUUUUUUAUACCAAUAUUUUUAGUUAAUGGUUAUAUCAUACUGUAGCUAAUAAAAUAAAGACUAAAAUAUCCCUUCGACACUAACAGGUCAAUAAAAAAUGCUAUUUUAAUGAUUUAAAUAUUUGUAGCACAAUAAAAAAAAGUUGGCAACAUGGCACAAUAAUUUUUUAAAGUGAGGUUCAGGGAGAUUUAUUUACUAUAUUAUUUAUAUUUUAUUUUGUUUUAAAUCAGUUUUUUAGUGAUCAAACUUAAUGUAAUCGUUUAAAAACAUUCCUACAGUAAAUUACAAGUGCAAUUAUUAGUAAAAUAUAUGUUGUGACAAAGCAGAACCCAAAUGUUACUGAAUUGGUUAUCUAUUGGCAAUUGAUUACAAUCGGAAUAUGGGACUCACCUAAACUUGCCAGGGGGGACAUAAUAGUCUAUAAUAUCUGCCCAUAUAUACUUACCUACCAAGCUACAAAGUCUCAACAAUAAUUCUAUUUUUUUCAUCCCAGUAUAACUCAAAUUAGCACAAUGCCGGAAAUAGACUCAGAGUGCCGCAGUACUACUGAUAGUAUUGGUUCGCACUCUGACGUUUCUACGCUCACAAUGCAAACCAACAACACCAACAUAGCGAAACCUCGUAUGGAAGUGGUAUGUGUCAUAGAUAUUUACCAAAACGAGAAUUUAGCUAGUAGAAAAAGGGCUCUUGACGAAGUUAAGUUAGCUUGCGCACAAAUAGGUGCCGGUUUGAGUCAUAUACAGUUCGAAAAAUUGGACUUUGGCGAGACUAACGUAGUAAGCACUUUCUACAAUGCCGACGUCGUUAUUAUCGACUUAUCCCUGUCUAUUCAACAAACAAGUCUGAUAUAUCAUCUAGGUGUGAGAGAAAGCUUUAAUAUGAAGCAAAAUAUUCUUCUGUAUAAUGAUAUUAACACUGAAGUAACAGUAAAACUUAAAUUAUCAUGUUCCAACUACACUUUUCUAUCAUAUAAGCUUUGUGAAGCUUCUGGUAUGAUAGUAACACCUAGCGAAAGAAGCGAAGAACAAGAAGUUUUAUCUCUAAGGCUUAAAAAACUUCUUCAGGAAGUUGAGAUUCAAAGCAAGGCCCACAUGAAGGAGAAAUUUUUAGUCGAUCUUAAGAAGAUUAAUGAACAGGCAUCGGGUCCCGAGAAGCUAGAAGCUCUACAGAAAAUCGUCAAGAGAUUAGAUGAUCCUAAUAUCCUGUCGGGAGAUGUUGUAUUAAAUAUAUUAUUAAGUUUCCGAGAUAUUCAGGGUUAUGAAUCAAUGAUACAUCUUGUGGAGGAUUUAAAGACAGUGCCAGCUGCUCAGAAAUAUCUAAAUUCGUAUAUUAUAUUUUUAUACGCUUUUGCUUUAAAUAGAAGAAAACAUGAUGGUGAUAGAGAAAAAGCUUUGAAAGUUUGUAUCAAGGCUCUGGCUACACGAGAAAAUAAUUUUCCCGAUAUGUUGUGUUUGUGUGGAAGGAUAUAUAAAGAUAAAUUUACUGAGUCAAAUUAUACCGAUAAGGAGAGUUUGAAUCAAGCUAUUCAUUGGUACAAGAAAGGAUUUGAAGUGCAGCCCAACGAAUAUGCUGGCAUAAACUUAGCAACUUUGCUUGUAAUAAAUGGUGAAGAAUUAGGCAAAUCUAAUGAUUUACAGCAUAUCGCUAUUACGUUAAACAGUUUAAUUGGCAAGAAAGGCAGUCUGUCAUCUCUAAAAGAUUAUUGGGACGUGGCCACGUUUUUUGAGAUUUCAGUUCUGGCACAAAACUAUUCCAAUGCGAUACAGGCAGCUGAAAAUAUGUUUAGACUUAAGCCUCCCGAUUGGUACUUGAAAUCUACUAUAGGAAAUAUUCAGUUAAUUGACCGGUUUCGUAAAAAAAGGGAUGAUGAUUUUACGGCGGAAGAACAGAUUUUUUAUUUCUGGAUGGACUUUUUUAAUCAAGCGACGAUUUCAGCACAAGAAGUGCCUUCGGGCGGUCGAUUUCCCGUACUAAUUUUCGAGCCCAGCAAAGAAUAUCUACCUAGCCACGUAUGGAUCAAUUUGGGAGCCGAACCCGAGACACUACAAGUCACCAACGAAUGUUUAAAACGAUUAAAAGGGCACUGUACUGAGAUACACAACUGGGAAUUUGUUGCAGAUGAUAUUCGUAGUUUUAGCCUAAACACUCAAGAUGAUCGAUCGCUUUUUCUAUAUGUUUCUGCCAUAUCUGACUGCUUUCAAAUAUUUUUUCCUUCCGAGGCAUGCAGAGGCGUAUUUUAUGAACUUCUAAAAAAUUUAUCAAACUAUGAAGAACGGGUUUUGGAACCUGAGCGUCCUCAAGAGAUUAAAUACGAAUAUGAUUGUGACGAACAGGGUAGAAAACGAAUUCUAGGAAAAGGCACGUAUGGAGUAGUAUACGCAGCUCUAGAUAAAACAAAGCAAGUAAAAAUAGCGGUUAAAGAAGUACCUGAAAAGAACCUUGGAGCUGUACAACCUUUACACGAAGAAAUAAGAGUCCAUUCUCAACUGAGACAUAGAAAUAUCGUGCAGUAUCUAGGUUCAUUGUCAGAAGAUGGAUUUUUUAAGAUUUUUAUGGAACAAGUUCCAGGAGGAUCCUUAAGCGCUCUGUUAAUAUCGAAAUGGGGAUCGCUUCAAAAGAAUGAACCAGCUAUGGCGUCAUACACCAAACAAAUUUUAGAGGGUCUCAAGUACCUUCAUAGUCACAGAAUUGUACAUAGAGAUAUAAAAGGAGAUAACGUGUUAGUGAAUACGUACAGUGGCGUAGUUAAAAUAUCGGAUUUCGGAACGUCAAAGAGACUAAUUGGAUUAUGCCCUAGUGCCCAAACGUUUACCGGUACCCUUCAAUAUAUGGCUCCAGAAGUAAUAGACAGAGGCCAGAGGGGAUACGGUGCUCCCGCUGACAUUUGGUCUUUGGGUUGCACUGUAGUAGAAAUGGCAACAGGGAAACCCCCGUUUAUAGAAUUGGGAUCUCCACAGGCAGCUCUUUUCAAGGUGGGAUAUCACAAAGCCCAUCCUGAAAUCCCGGAAUUGUCGGAAAAGGCAAAAACCUUUAUUUUAAGAUGUUUCGAAUCUAGUCCGGAUAACAGGGCCACCGCUACAGACCUUUUAGAAGAUCCAUUUCUAGGUACCGAUCGUAAGAAAUCGGUACGUGUAAAUAUAGAGUAUAACAGAAGCGUGUCUGCACCAGUGGGCCCCAAGAAGGUAACUAUUUGUUCCGGUCAAUCCAGUCAAACACCAACUACGCCAGAUUCGGACAUACCUUAUACGCCUUCGCUAGAUUGUAGUGAAUCUGGAACGGACAUUGUAGAACGACGGAAUUCAUCAGGAACGCCACUGUCACCGGAAGCGGAUAUAGGGACGGAGUCAGAUGGAUUUUACUUACUCAAAAAGGACUCACAAAGAAGGACGACUUUGGCCAAAGUAUUAGAAAAUGACGGUCCUAGAAUUUGCGAGUUAUGGAUGCAAAAAAUUCGAGAUGAGUACUUAGGCCAAACCGUUUUAACGCCGGAACAUCUACGCACUUUACUAGACGGUUUAAAAGCGCAUUUAAUUGAAUCUCCAAUGAAUGUAUUGGAGAAGACUAUUAAACAAGUUAAAGAGGAACUGGAUUAUGACAGUGCCGCAAUACAUCAACUCCAGUUUGCGAUCUAUUUGUACCAAGACUCGGUAAAUGAAGUACUCAGACAUCAUCAAAUUAAACCUCACUGGAUGUUUGCUUUAGACAAUUUAGUCCGAGCUGGAGUCCAAGCUACAAUCACAAUUCUCUCACCAGAAUUGGGAGAAAACCUUGCAACACAUGGUUCUGUUACCACAACGAAAUCAAGUAAAACAACUGAAACUUUCGAUGUUAGCGAGAGAGGCGACCAUUCGAAAUUGUGCCACAGUUGUACAGAAGAACUUAAACAGAUCGUGGUUAAAGAGUUUCAAGAAAUACUAAAACAACAAUUGGACUUGCUUACAGUCAGCUUACAAAAUUGCGAGCAUGUUCAUGACGAUAUCGAGGAAGAUUCUAGACUAGCGCAUUGGUUAAGUGGUCUAGGUAUCAGUGAGAAUGCACAAAAAAAGGUGCUGUGUCAAGGUUACACGUUGGACGAAGUUUUAUAUGAUAUUACGAGAGACGACAUAAGAAAAAUCAAAUUAUUAGGGGCUCACGAACUGAGAAUUUGGAAAGCUAUAAGUUUGUUUCGACAGAAAAGUGCGGAAAAAGUAUUAAAUGUUAAAAAUCACUUGCCAGCAACUGUAUAAAGAAUUUUGAAUUAAUGUACUUUAUUUUUUUGCCAGAAAAUAUUUUUUUUAAGUUUUAUCUUAUUGUAUAUAAUUUUACAGAAAGAUUUCAUUAUUUUUGGAAUAAUUGAAA